AUGGAAGAAGGUGGUGUAUUGGGGGUGUAUAUGAUGGUCACAUGGGGCAUUACCGGUGAUGAACCAGGUCGGUCUUUGCAGUAUACAUCGCGCCACAAUAGCCACCCCGAACGGAUCAUCUCCACUGCGCUCCGAUCGAAAUGGGUUCUCAGUGAGUCCAGGGGCAUUGAACUUGUCGUCUUCGUCAGUCUCCAGAUUGUCAAUAUCGAAAGACACAGAAACAUCGAUUUCGUUCCCGGCAUCUUCGCGAUCUCCGUGCUUCUUAGGCACAAGUCUGCGAAACGGGUUAAUGGGUUUUCUGGGGCCGAUACGUAUCUUGUUGGCCGCUUCCGCCUCGCGAGUUCUUCUUUUGAUCCGCCGGCGAAUUUUAUACCGGCGCCAAGGACGUCUUAUGUAGGGAAAGACGAAGCGGCAGUGGACCAGAACCCAACGGUCCAGUCGCUCAUUGCACAGCCUUCCGUCGGCGAACUUCUCCUGUGGAUCCAAUAUCGCCAUAUAAUUGAUUUGAACUGA